CGAUUGUGGUACAUCACCGCGUCAGCGAUUCCAGCAAUUCUACUAUAAGAGCAGAGACGCACUGAUUUGCUGUCCGCCCAAUCUAACGCUCCAUAUCGCCAUCUCCACAACGCCCAGCGCAUCGAAUACCACACCGUACGCUCUCGAACCCCAUACCAUCCACCAUGGCAGCAAAAGCCACCACCGCCGCACCCCUGGUGCAACAAUAUAUUACCUCGCAAAAAGUCGGCGUCGUCGUCUCCGCAGGAAAAAUGUCCCGCGCAGUAAAAGUCCGCAUUGCCGGCCAAGAAUGGAACAAGACCUUCCGCAAGCACUUCCCCUCACACAAGCACUACACCGUCUCGGACCCCAACAACUCUCUCGUCGAAGGCGACGUGGUCCGCAUCACGUCCGGCCACCGCACAAGUUCCACAAUCCGCCAUGUAGUGACUGCAAUCGUGGCGCCGUUCGGCGAGCCCGUGGAGAACAGGCCUCGGGUGCUGAACGCAGAGGAACUGGACAAGCUGAGGACGCAGGAGCGGUUGUUGAAGGAUGUUAGGGCAGCGGAGAGGGGGAGAGAAGCAAGUGCGCAGAGGCUGGCGCAAGCGAAGAAGCAGGGUGUGAGGAUUCCGACGCUGGAGGAGGCCAUGGAGAAGUUGCGUGUGCAUCAGGAGAUUGAGAAGAUGAGGGCGGCGAGUAAGAGCAAGGAGGCGCAUCCAGGACAGGGAGGUCAGAGAGAGACGAAGCGCGAGAGAAGGAAGGCUGAGAAGAUUAAGAGUAGGGCAGAGAGGCAUGCUGCAGAAAGGGCUGAGGCUGCGAAGAAGCAGAUCAUAUGAGCCUAGAAGAGUGUAGAGUGAUGGUGUAGGAUAUCAUGUGUUUUUUUUGCAGCAGAUCAGACGGCCGCUGUUGUACCAUAGGCCAGCAUUUGCGGGGGUUGGUUGACAAAUUCCUUGUAUUUGUAUUAUCGUCUUGAGCAAUGCAUUGAGCAGCCAUAGUAUACAAGGUUCAAGGGUAUCGCGAU